CUUUAGACACCACCUCAUGUUCUCGUCACGACGAAUCUAUAUUCUUGGAAUUGACUUCAAUUGAUGUGGCCAUAAUACAACAUCAUUGUAUCUACUACCAAUACUACAUCAUUGAAAUCUAUGCAUGUGUGUAACAACAAACGCGAGGUACUAAGUCUCAGUCCAUCACGUUGCUUCUUCACAAACACACUUCAACUCUUAUUAAAAUAACCAAGUACAAAAUAAAUUUGUCCAACUCAAUUCUAAGACUGUCCUAACCCAGCCAGCCAGCCAGACCAAUCUUGGUUGGCUCCAACACGAUGCCACGCGAAAAACGUUCUCCUUCUGGAAAUGGCCUAGGUGAGAAGCAGUCCAAGGUCCCUCGCCAUGAUAACAGGUCUUUUUCCCGUUCCUCAAGCCAGACAUGGAAUCCCUCAAGCCAGACUUUGGGACCUUCCAGCAGUUCUCAGCACUAUUCAGCAACCCCCCCUUCGUCUCUUGGCCAUGCUGUUCGAUAUCAGCCGAGACCAUCUCUCUAUUCAGCACCUCCCCCUUCGUCUCUUGGCCAUGCUGUUCGAUAUCAGCCGGAACCAUCUUGGCUCGAGGAGGAUGUUGGUGACGAUGUCCCAGAUCCCAAUGUUGGAGAUGAUGACCUAGCCGCCUCCUUUGAACUGUAUGGAACUUUGGACAACAAGAUUGUAGGUGUUAGAUACUACGGUGGAGUCGUGAACCCUGGCGAGAGAGUUAUACUAUGCCGCGAGCCUAGCAACCAGUACGAUAGAAAUGCCGUUCGCGUUGAUAAUGUCAUGCGAAAUCAGAUCGGACACCUUCCUGCUGUGCUCGUUUCGAAGCUCGCACCUUACAUCGACAACCACGAGAUCGUGCUGGAAGGUGUUCUCACCGGUCAAAAAGAGGCCUUUCAUUGUCCUGUUCGUUUGUCCUUUUAUGGUCCGAGCGAUCCUUCAACCCGCCUUAACUUAGAAGCGAGGUUGAAAGACGACAAGCUUUUGAAGGCGAAACAGCUCAAGGCUACUAGGCAGGCAGCGGAAGCCCAAAAGAACGUCGCCAUGCGCCUUAAAUGCAACGCAUCCACGGUUGGUUUGGGGACCACUGACGACAAACAGCAAGACCUACUACAGGAUUUGGUAGCAGAUAGUGAAGCCGUACAGUUCAGGGGUGACCUCCCUUCUAUCGACGUAUUCGCUAUGAACGAAGAUGCCCUAUCCAAGAUGCCCAAGGCGCAGCAACCCGAGAGUAUUCAAUCAGAACUAUUGCCGUACCAACUUCAGGGAUUGGCUUGGAUGAUUUCCAAAGAAACCCCACUACUUCCUGCCCCUGGAUCAAAAGACGUUGUGCAGUUGUGGAAACGGGACAACCGUGACAACUUCCUCAACAUUGUCUCGAGUCAUACCACUGCCACUCCUCCGAAAUUGGUGUCAGGAGGCGUGCUUGCUGAUGACAUGGGCCUGGGCAAGACCCUCCAGGUUAUAAGUCUCAUCAUGGCGAGCGGCUUUGAUGCAGGCCCAACUCUGAUCGUCUCACCGGUUGGUGUAAUGAGCAACUGGGAACAGCAGAUCCAACGGCACGUAAAGAAAGAUCAUCUUCCACGUGUCUUCCGAUAUCACAAGGCCGGUUCAUAUACAAAGAAUGAUCUGCUGAAACACAACAUCGUUAUUACUACCUACGAUAAGCUACGUACUGACUAUCUUAAGAAUGGGCCGCUGCUCUCAGUACAGUGGCGUCGAGUUGUUCUGGAUGAAGCUCACGCUAUCAGAAACUACGCAACUGGCAGGGCCAAGGCAGCGUUCCAGUUGCAGGCUAAAUCUAGCUGGAUGCUAACUGGUACACCAAUCAUCAACGCACCUAAGGAUUUCCUAUCCGCGCUCAAGUUCCUCAAGAUGACGGGAGGAAUUGAAGAGGCCUCGAUAUUCUUGAAUUUGAUUGACAGGCCUCUAACCGGCGGCGGAGGAAGCGAUAGUAGCAGCCACACCACGGCUAAGCAGCUGUUCCAGUCACUAACACAGGAUCUUUGCCUUCGUCGAAGGAAAGAUAUGAAGUUUGUCGACCUAAAGCUACCCCCCAAAACGGAAUACGUUCAUCGGAUCAAGUUUAGGGAGGAGGAGAAGGUGAAAUACGAUACCUUGAUGUCCGAGACUACAGAAAUGUUAGAAUUGUAUCGACGCAGAAAAGGGGGCGCCGGCCAUGGCGGAGGCCCCCAGGUACAUUUUACAAGUGUUCUAGAGAAGCUUCUUCGCCUUAGACAGUUAUGUUGUCAUUGGACCUUGUGCGGAGGACAGGCGAAGAAUGUGCUUAAACCUCUCGAAGGUGAGAAGCUGGUGAAAUUCACCCCGGAAAAUCUCAAGAUAUUGCAGCAGGCCCUUCUUACUGCCACGAACGAAGGAGAGGAGUGUCCAAUUUGCACCGAUGCACUUGGCCUUCAUACUCCUGUCAUCACGGCAUGCAAACAUCGUUUCGGACAAGCAUGCAUAAUGAAAGCCCUCGAGAGAGAUACCAGAUGUCCAAUGUGCCGCCAACCGUUGGCUGCAGAUUCUAUAGUUGGGAUUGAACCAGUCACCGAGACUAACGAUGAUUUUGACGGCGACACACACAGCUCGAAGACAGAAGCCCUGGAGAAGAUUCUGAGGGCUAAGCUCAAGGAUCCCAAGUCCAAAGUGGUCAUAUUCUCCCAGUGGACUUCCUUCCUUGCCAUUAUUGCAAAGCUACUGGAUGAGAUGGAGUACAAGUAUUGCCGCCUUGAGGGAUGGAUGACAAUAGCUCGACGCGACCAAUCGAUCGAUGCAUUAACCAAUGAUCCGAGCACACGAAUCAUGCUCGCUAGUCUAGGUGCAAGCGGUGUCGGCUUGAACUUGGUCGCUGCUGACACGGUUAUACUUGUGGAUUCGUGGUGGGCACCGGCCAUCGAAGACCAAGCUGUCGACCGAGUACAUCGUCUAGGCCAAACUCGAGAGACGACAGUUUGGAAGCUGGUUAUGGAUGAUAGCAUCGAAGAGCGUGUCUUGGGCAUCCAGGAUAAAAAGCGAGAGCUUGUCAAUCUAGCCUUCCAGGACAAGGCGAGAGAUAAAAAGGAAACCAGUCGUCUCGACGAUGUCCUCGAACUGCUUUCCUAGUCUCUAGGCCUCGCCCCACACAAGGACCAUCAGCCAAGGUUUGAUGAAGUGACAUAGGUAUGUAAUGGCGAAUUGUAUCAUAGGCGAAGGGGAAAAGGAUGAUUUGAAUGAACAGCAGGUUAAGAGCUGGAAGAUUAUUUUGCUGCAAAGCACAAAGCUGGCUGGCCAUUUCGGCUACAGGAUUACACUACAAAAAUGUUUAACAGGUCAGAUAGGUAUUCGGAAUACCUUUGCUAGAGUUUUCAACACUUGAAUCGACUGACUUUCUCUAACCAAAU